UAUUAGUUUGACAUCAUAACCAACUAUAUAGACCAACCAUUCCAAUCCUCCUAACUCAACGUUCAACUUUCAAAGUACCCAAGGGGAAAGGGUCUUUUAGCCAACUUUGAGACCCCAAUGUCCCUUCACUGGAGAUCCUGCUUCUUCUUCCUAGUAUUUCUCAAUCUCUCCAUCUCUAUCUCCAAAUCAGUGAUCCCUCAGUUCCCAUGCCAGUCUCCACACCAUAACUCCUACCCUUUCUGCAAUAAAUCCCUAUCUGUUCCUGCAAGAGCUCACUCUCUCAUCUCUCUAUUGACCCUCCAAGAAAAGAUCUUACAACUAUCAGACAAUGCUUCAGGGAUCCCAAGACUUGGCAUCCCACCCUAUGAGUGGUGGUCUGAGUCUCUUCAUGGAAUUGCCACUAAUGGCCCUGGUGUCUCCUUUAGAAGUGGGCCUGUUUUUUCGGCCACAGGUUUCCCUCAAGUUAUUGUAUCAGCUGCUGCUUUUAAUAGGACUCUUUGGUUCUUGAUUGGUUCGGCUGUUGCUAUAGAGGCUAGAGCAAUGUACAAUGUUGGGCAAGCAGGGUUGACAUUUUGGGCUCCUAAUAUUAAUAUUUUUAGGGACCCCAGAUGGGGAAGAGGCCAAGAAACUCCUGGAGAGGAUCCUAUGGUGGCUUCUGCUUAUGCUAUUGAGUAUGUCAAGGGUUUCCAAGGUGGGAAUUGGAAGGUUGGUGGUGGUGGUCGAGGAAACGAUAGAUACGGAUUUGGAGAGAAAAGGGUGUUAAGAGAAGUUGGUGAUGGGCUUAUGCUGUCUGCUUGUUGCAAACAUUUUACUGCUUAUGACUUGGAAAAAUGGGGCAAUUUCAGUAGAUAUUCCUUCAACGCUGUGGUUACAGAGCAAGAUUUAGAGGACACAUAUCAGCCACCAUUUCGUAGUUGCAUACAACAAGGCAAAGCAAGUUGCUUAAUGUGUUCCUAUAAUCAAGUUAAUGGAGUGCCUGCAUGCGCAAGAGAGGAUAUCUUAACAAAAGCUCGAACAGAAUGGGGCUUUGAAGGAUACAUCGUCUCAGACUGUGAUGCUGUGGCCACAAUUUUCGAGUAUCAGAACUAUACAAAAAGCCCUGAGGAUGCAGUUGCUAUUGCUUUUAAAGCAGGUAUGGAUAUUAAUUGUGGUUCAUAUGUGAUCCGCCAUGCUCAAUCAGCAGUUGAUCAAGGUAAGUUGCGAGAAGAGGAUAUAGAUAGAGCUCUUCUCAAUCUUUUCUCGGUUCAACUCCGACUUGGGAUGUUUGAUGGAGACCCCCAAAAAGGGCAGUUUGGAAAACUGGGACCUGAAGCUGUUUGUACUGAAGAACAUAAGAAAAUAGCACUUGAAGCAGCAAGGCAGGGCAUUGUGCUUCUUAAAAAUGAUAAGAAGUUCCUGCCAUUGAAUAAGAAAGCUGUUUCUUCCCUGGCUAUUAUUGGCCCACUGGCAAACAAUGCAACGAAUUUGGGUGGUGACUACACAGGAUAUCCAUGUGAUCCACUCAGCCUUUUUGCUGGACUAAAAUCCCAUGUAACAGAGACAUCUUAUUCAGUUGGUUGCCCUGAUGUUUCUUGUUAUUCUGAUGCUCAAUUUCACGAAGCAAUAGAUAUUGCCAAAAGUGCUGAUUAUGUAAUUGUAGUUGCUGGGCUUGAUUUGUCACAAGAAACUGAAGAUCUUGACCGGGUUAGUCUUUUGUUACCUGGUAAACAAAGGGCUCUGGUAUCUUCUGUUGCAGCAGCUAGUAAAAAGCCAGUGAUUCUGGUUCUUACUGGUGGAGGACCGCUUGAUGUAUCAUUUGCCAAACUAGACCCGAAAGUUGCUAGCAUUCUUUGGAUUGGUUACCCUGGUGAAGCUGGUGCAAAAGCACUCGCGGAAGUCAUCUUUGGAGACCAUAAUCCAGGUGGAAGACUUCCAAUGACUUGGUAUCCUGAGUCUUUCACCAAGAUACCAAUGACUGAUAUGAAUAUGCGAGCUGAUCCUUUUCGUGGUUAUCCUGGAAGAACCUACCGUUUUUACACUGGAUAUCAAGUCUAUGGAUUUGGUGAAGGCUUAAGCUACACCAGUUUCACUUACAAGUUCUUGUCGGCACCAAGGAAGUUGAGUCUGUCAGAAUCUUUGACAGCUACUUCCAGAAAGAGAAUACUACACCAGAAAGGAGAGACACUUGGUUAUAUAUACAUUGACGAGAUGACUUCUUGCAAUUCAUUGAGAUUCUAUGUGCAAAUAUCUGUCAUGAAUGUUGGAGAUAUGGAUGGAAGCCAUGUUUUGAUGUUGUUCUCCAGAGUGCCAAAAGUUUUUAAAGGCACUCCAGAAAAACAACUCGUUGGAUUUGACCGCGUACAUACUAUUUCUUCCAUGUCUACUGAAACAAGCAUCUUGAUAGAUCCUUGCAUACAUCUAAGCAUUGCAAAUGAGCAAGGGAAAAGGGUAAUGCCAUUAGGCAAUCAUGUCCUAAUGUUAGGAGAUUUAGAGCAUUUUGUUACCAUUGAAGCUUAUUGAUGCCAUCAAAGGGGCAACUGUAUUGCUGCCACAAGCAUGAUUUUCAUCCAAAGGGCCUGAACUUGAGUCAGGCCUCAAUGUCCUUCUACAGUUUCGAACCAAUAAUGAAAUGUGGAAACAAAUAAGACAGAACUCAAAAUUCUGAAUUUCUGUUA